UAGCAGGAGUGAUUUCCUCUUGCGCCGCUACGAUAACGGCUCGUUGUACACCGGAGACGAACCCGUGACUACUGUGCUACUUCACUUAAGAGUUUUUAUAUCACCCUGGGCUAUUUUUGUGGCCCAGUAGUGAUUUACAGAGCAGAUAGAGACAUUUAUUAGAGGAUGGCCGCAGACGUGGACAAAACUCUUGCUGGAGAGCCAAAGGAUGAUCAUGAUGAAGAUCGCGCGACUCCAUCCAGCAGACGCGCCCGCUCACGUUUCAAGCAAUUCUCCAGUUUAUUUCUAAUCGCUGCUGUUCCUUUCAUCGGCUUUUGCAUUAAAUAUUACCAGGGCAUCCAGCUUGUGAAACGACAUGAGGCAGGAUUGAAGGAACUGGGAGCAGACGGACUCUUUUUCUUCUCAUCCCUGGAUAUUGAUCAUGACCUCUAUCUCAGUCCAGAGGAAUUCAAACCUAUUGCAGAAAAACUCACAGGUGCAGCACCUCCCCCAGAGUUUGAAGAGGAGAUACCACAUGACCCGAAUGGAGAGACGCUGACCCUACAUGCUAAAAUGCAGCCUUUAUUGCUCGAAAGCAUGACUAAGAGCAAAGAUGGCUUUCUAGGGGUUUCACACAGCUCUCUUAGUGGGCUGAGAUUUUGGAAACGUCCAGCUGUUCUUUCAUCCACGUUUUAUGCCAGGCAGUUCAAGGUCUUCCUGCCACCCAGUGGUAAAUCUGCCCUGGGCGACACUUGGUGGAUCAUUCCCAGUGAAUUGAACAUCUUCACCGGCUACCUUCCCAACAACCACUAUCAUCCUCCCACACCGCGAGGCAAAGAGGUACUGAUCCACUCUAUGCUGAGUAUGUUCCACCCGCGGCCCUUUGUGAAAUCUCGCUUCGCUCCACAGGGAGCUGUGGCUUGUAUACGGGCUGCUAGUGACUUUUAUUAUGACAUUGUUUUCAGAAUCCAUGCUGAGUUCCAGCUGAAUGAUGUUCCAGAUUUUCCAUUCUGGUUCACUCCUGGGCAGUUUGCUGGUAACAUCAUCCUCUCCAAAGAUGCUUCUCACGUCCGAGAGUUUCACCUCUACGUCCCAAAUGACAAAUCUUUGAAUGUGGACAUGGAGUGGCUUUAUGGGGCUAGUGAGAGCAGCAACAUGGAGGUGGAUAUUGGAUACCUGCCUCAGAUGGAUCUCCGGGCAGAAGGUCCCUCCACUCCCUCAGUGAUCUAUGACGAGCAGGGGAACAUGAUUGACAGCCGAGGGGAGGGAGGAGAGCCCAUUCAGUUCGUGUUUGAGGAGAUUGUCUGGAGUGCAGAGAUGAGCAGAGAAGAAGCAUCCAGACACCUAGAGGUCACAAUGUACCCAUUUAAAAAGGUGCCAUAUUUACCAUUCAAUGAGGCCUUUAGCAGAGCUGAUGCAGAGAAGAAGCUGGUUCACUCCAUCCUGCUCUGGGGAGCCCUGGAUGACCAGUCAUGCUGAGGUUCGGGGCGGACUCUUCGAGAGACAGUUCUCGAGAGUUCGCCCGUUUUGGCCUUGCUCAACCAGAGCUUCAUCAGCAGCUGGUCUCUAGUCAAAGAGCUGGAGGAUCUGCGGGGUGAUAAGAAGAAUCUGGAUUUGAGUGAAAAGGCUCGUUUACAUUUGGAAAAGUAUACUUUUCCAGUGGAGAUGAUGGUGGCGUUGCCCAACGGCACUGUGGUCCAUCACAUCAAUGCUAAUAAUUUCCUGGACCAGACAUCCAUGAAACCAGAGGAGGAAGAGGGGCCUGCUAUCAGUUUCUCAGCAGGUUUUGAGGAUCCUUCAACUUCCACAUACAUCCGCUUCCUGCAGGAAGGGCUCGAAAAGGCCAGACCUUACCUGGAAUCAUAAAACUGUUUCAAGACUAUCUCUCCAGAAACAUCGGUGCACAUUAGAGAUAAAUGAGGGGAGUAUAUGAGAGAGAAAGAAAGGGAGCACUGAUAUCAGCUCUGCUCCCCCGUGUCUGAUUUUAGGAACGGAAUAUGGAGGAGCUGAUGCAAUUCCUUCAUUCAGAAGGCAGCUGGUGACCACAUGUUAGAGUGACACGUUCCAUGCAAAAGUGCACAAAUAUAACAUCAAGUUGUCACUAGUGUCACAAGAGUGUGGUUUGUCACCCCUUUAGGUUUCAUUGGUGCUUAACUGUACACAACACAAUCUCAAUUAAGUCAUAUAUUUUAAUAUAGAAAAUUUGCCAAUUAUGUGCAAACCUACCACUUCCUGAGUGACGAAUGUCAUUAGUCUGAUCCAUUGUUCAGACUAAUGAACUGAAAUAGCAUUAUGUUGUAUAUUGAUUUGAUGAAACCACUUUUAUACUUUUGUUUCAUGCAUACAAAGCCACUUAUGUUUUGCUGCAUAUUUGUUUU